AAGCGUCUGGAUCAAAUACAAAGCGAGUUGACAUUUAAGGAUCCGUCACUGCUUGCACAUAAUUAUCCAAUGGAGUACGAUAAAGAUCAAAAACGUUCUGCGAUUAUUCCUACUCUUAAAGCGGAAUUUCACAAAACUAUUGAUAAGAUUAAAAAACGAUUUGAACUUAACCCCAAAGAAGAACUUAAGCAAAAAACAGAUCCAAUUAAAAAAAAGAAGGCUUCUCCUAUGAAGCAAAGUAUUUACGAAGACUACAUUAUGCAUCUUCAUGAAGCUGAUAAAAAAAAGAAAUCAACUGAAAUCCAUAAUAAAGACAAAGCCAAAGUAAAAUCAGAAAGAAAUGCAGAUAAGGUGAGAUCAGAUAAUAAGAAAACUAGUGAAGUAUCUCAUAUUCGAAAAUCGAAAUCUUCCCAGAAAACUUCUUCUGAAAAAGAUAAAGAUGAAGACGUUCAAAACAUACUUAAAGAUUUCAAUACAAAAAAGCUAUUAGAGAACUCAGUUGAUAAGGAUAGUACAAAUGAAAGUCCAGAUCAAGAUAAAAAUAAAAAAGUAGACGAGAACUCAAACGAAAGUUUAGAUUCAGGCAAAACUAAUGUAGAUGUGGAUGAAAACGAAGUCAAUGAACUGAUUAAGAGAGUAAACAACAAAAAUUUUGUUGAAAAUAGUAAAAAUACCAAAGCACCAAAGCAGAACAAGCCUUCGGAAUACACAAAACAACAAGGAAUUAAUGAAUCUUCCGAUGUAAUUGCUAAAAGUAAAUGGCGUGCAGAACAGGAUAAAGAGAUGAAAAAUAUUUUAAACAAAUUAAGAAAGUACGACACAAAAAAAGGCUCGGAGGAGAAUACAGACAGAUAUUUCAACUCCAAGCAACUCGAAUCUAAUGUAAAAGAUAGUAAAGAAUCGGCUAAAGAAAUUAAAUCUGAGAAAAGUUUUACUGACUCUAGUUUAAAAAAACAGAGAAAUACUAUAGAAAACAAACUAAAAGUAUCUCAGAGUGCGCCUUUAAAAGACAAUUCAAAGGAAGACAUCAAAAACACUUUAAGCAGCAUUGAUAACUGGUGGGAUGAUUUUAAGAAACGCCACAAUGUAGUCAGUGAUGAUAUGUACGUGUCAUCUAAACAGAAUGCAAAAAAAUCUAUUGAUUCGUCUUGGAGUAAAGAAGAUAUCAUUGCAAAACGUAAUGAUUUAUCGAUGGAAUUGAAUAGUAUCAACGCUCAAAAGAAAAAGAAGUCCAUUAAAAAACGUCGAAUCUUGGACAAUAACAAUAAUUUGGUUAAUGUACAGAAGCGCUGCGAUACUCGAAUCAUUCAAAGUAUUAACGAUGCAUUUCCUGCAGUGUUAACCACAAAUACUAAUGAUUUAACAACUAUGUCUCAAGCAGGAAGCCUUUUGCAAAAUGUGGCGAGGGAAAUGAACACGACUACAUUGGACUUAGCUCGAAAACUUACGGCUACUAUGGACCCACAGAUAAACUUAAAGACAGAUCCAAAAUUUAAUACUGAUCUUAAAAAAAAUAUAGCUAAGUCAGUCAAUAAUAGUCAAAGGAAAGCCAAAAAUAGUAGCUCUAAAACCACGAAAGCCGCGGAUGAACUCUCUAAAUGUGACGCUCCUACUUCAGAGGAUGAAUGCAGGGAUGCAUCCUAUAUUUUAGAUAAAGUAUUAAGUAAAUUAGAGCGCAUUCAAUGUGAAAAGAAUAAAAAAAUAGAACACAAAACAUUAUCCUGUGAUGGAGCACCUUGUGAUAUAGCAGGCUCAUGGAAUUCCUAUGUAAUGGGUGUACAUUUUGAAUUAUCACUGGCAAAAACGACACGUACAUUGGGAGAACCUGAAAAGGAAAAUAAAGAUUUGCACAUUGUAGUUAGCGAACGUGUUCCACCAAAACAUCAUAGUGUCAUUGAUGCAGAAUGGUCUUUUAUGGGUAGCACCAUGAAUCAAUACGGUGGACCAUUUUAUAUGUUUACUGAAAGUAAGUCUGCACAUUCUGGAAUAAUGGCGACAUUUAUUGGUUCUUGUCGUACUUGUGGCGGUAUUGACACAAUAUUUGGUGGCUGGACAUUAAUUUUUCCAUCAAAAGAUUGUCAAGACGUUACAACAUCAAUAGAGCAUAAAAGAGAUUUUUUUCGGCGUAACAGAAUGGAAGCAAAACGCAAAGAACGUUUCAAGACUAUGCUAUAUGACAAAAGCAAAUAUGCCAAAAAGGAUAAAUGUAAUCCCAUAAAAUGUUAGACCUAUUUUAUAUUGAAUAUCUAUAUAUGGUUAUAUAUUCAGUU